UGUUCAUCUUCAAGACAGUCACAGGGUGAAAGUCAAAUGGAAAAUGAGGGUGCAGCUGUACCUACAACCAGUAGGACAUGUGUCUCAACCUCACAGGAUCCAGAUUUGGACAGUCAGGAAACAGAUAAUACACCUGCUGCUUAUGUCUCGGAGGAUUUAGAUUUCAUUGUUAAGGGGGAUUGUGCAAUUGGAGAUGGUGUGAACAGGCAUAUCCUCUCAACAGUGAUGGACAACCUUCAAAAUGGCUUUCUUCUUGAUGAAGAUAAAGGAGUGAAAACUUUGCUCUUUGAGGGAGAGCGGGACCAUCUUGUUCCUUCCACCUCUAAGGCGCUUUUGGAAAGUGAUUUUUUUAUUGUGGUUGGUCGCAUUAUUGGACACUGUUUUUUGAACCAAGGCCCACAUUUUGCUGGACUGAGCCCUGCAAUUAUGCACGUGCUAUUCGGGGGAGAACCAGAGACCGCAACAAUAACAGAAUUGGACUGUGUGGACCAGGAUGUCCGUGAAGUUUUACAGUUGUUGGAAGAAAACAGCAACUUCUCAGAGGAACAAAAGGCAAAAAUUCUCUCGGUGACCCUCCCUUGGGAUCUCCCCGGUGUUACAGCAGAAAACAGAUGGUGGCUGACGGAGAAAAUUCUUCUUCACUCUGUACUGGGAAGAACAACUCAGCAGGUUAAACAAAUGAGGAGGGGUUUGAAAGACACCGGGGUCUGGGAAUUUUUUUAGCUCCAGGCCAGACGCCAUCCCAGUCUUGUUCCCCAGGACCAGUGAUGUGAUGUUAACACCACAGAUGAUUCUGGACAAGAUUGUCUGGCCAAGGGAUGAGGAUGUUGAUGAGGAUAUACUCAGCUUGGAGGAACAACAAAAAGCACUACAUUUUCUCCGAAGAUUCAUAGAGAAUGGAUCUGGAGAGCGUCUGAAGUCACUUCUCACAUUCUGGACUGGGUGGGACGUGCUGUCAUCAGACCUGGAAGUUGAAUUUGUUGACUGUGCUUUGCCACAGGCAUCUACCUGUUUUUUCACUCUAAAACUAUCUAAAAAUGUAGCAACAUAUGAGGAAUUUGAGCGUGACCUGAUGGCAAGCAUCACUUCAUGGUACUCUGGUUUUGGCAAGAUUUAAACACUGCAUACUGAAACAGUUUUGAGAGUUUACAGAUAUUUCAUCUUGAGCCAGUAGUUCUGAUGGCAGAUUCAGAUUCAAAGUUGUU